AUGGCCGACUCCAUCACCUUCUUCGAGCCCGUCGAGGUCCCUGCCUUCAACCUCGGCCAGAAGCAGCACGAGCCCUCCACCGCUACCGUCAACCUCCUCGACACCGUGCCCCUCCCAUCAACACGGACCACCCCCGCCACCGUCCAAGACACCAUCACCUCCCUCCAAUCAUCCAACAUCCCCGUCUUCACACCCGGCCACUCAGAAUACGAACGCCGCACCGCCCGCCCCAACCUCCUCUUCCGCGCCACGCGCCCCGACUGCGUCGCGCAGCCCACAUCCGCCGCGCACGUCGCCACCACCAUCUCGCUCGCCAAGUCCGCCCGCGUCCCCGUCACCAUCCAGUGCGCCUUCCACUCGUGGGCCGGCUUCUCCACCGCCUCGCGCGGCAUCGUCCUCGACGUCAGCAAGCUCAACGCCGUCGACCUCGACGCCGCCGCCAGGACCGUCACCGUCGGCGCCGGCUGCCGCUGGGAAGACGUCUACCGGGCGCUGCCCGCGGGGCUCGUCGUCACCGGCGCCCGCGCCCCGACCGUCGGCGUCAGCGGCUUCACGCUGGGCGGCGGCCUCGGGCCCUUCACCCGCCGCUUCGGGCUCGGCAGCGACGCCCUGCUCGAGGCGACGGUCGUGACGGCCGAUGGCGCGCUGGUUACUGUUGGUGAGAAUGACGACCCGGCGUCGGAUGCGGGCCGCUUGUUCUGGGCGCUGCGCGGUGCGGGCGCGGGUAACUUUGGUGUCUUGGUGCGGGUGAAGCUGCGGGUGCAGGAGCUGCAAGGCGAGGACGUCGUCGGUGGCCGCGUACAGUGGUCGAUUCCGAGCGAGGACGAGGGGGUCGUUGCGGCGAUGAACAAGGUCUAUUCGGCUGAGUGGCCGAGCGGCAUGACGGUUGACAGCACGUGGAUGUGCGACUUGAGGCAGACGGGCGGCGAUCAGGUCCGCCUCGUUGCGUCUUUUGAUGGCAGCAAGGAUGAGUUCGAUGGCGUUGUCGACAGCUGCGUCGAGCAGCCGGAGCUGGCGAACGGCCUUAAGCAACGCUGCUUGCCUCAGAAGUCGUCUCGGUUCCUGAACGAGACGCUGGAGGCUCAGUGGUCGGAGGAAAUUGAGCGAUUCUUGCCCGAGAACAAGUCCUACAGCGUCAACAGCUCUUUCGCUUUCGGCAACGACAGCAAGAACGUCGAACAAAUCACUGCCAUCAUCAGAGAAGAGAUGAAGAACUUCCGCAGCCGCUUCUCGGGCGAGCAAGCCGAGUUCUCUGUCACCUGGAUGCACGCUGGCGGCAAGGCGGCGGAGAAGAACCCCACUGACACGGCUUUCUUCUGGCGCGAAGCCGCAUACCACACCUACCUCACAGUUGUGUGGGAGGACAAGCGCAUGGAGAAGGACAUGAGGGAUUUCCUCGAGACGGUCAAGGACAGACUGAGGUCCUUCUCUUUGGAGAAGAAGGCCGCGUACGUCAACUUCCCCGAUGGAAAGCUGGCGUCGGAGCCCUACGAAGAGGCUUAUUACGGGGACAACAGCAACGAGCUGCGCCGUGUCAAGCAGAUUUGGGACAAGGACAACUUCUUCAACUGGUCUCAGGGUGUGAAGCUCCCGUAG